UCCACGAUGAAUUUUCAGCGCGGGUGGGCGAUCCUCGUCAUGAGCGCGUGGACACAAGUGGGCUUUGUCGCUGGGAUACUUUACCAGGAUGGACCUGUCAGUCAUCUCUCAGCUGAAGAUGUUUUGCUCUUAAAGGAUGAGAAAGAUCCCAAAUGUUUCACCCGCACAGAGCAGGAUUUUACCUGCUUCUUCGAGAAUGCAAACAACAGAACUUAUGAUUUUUUCUACAAGUUUUCCAGCCUUCCCGAAAAGAAAAGAUGUGAAAUGUCGGUCCAGAGAACAGAUGUUGGGACUUUACUCCACAUCUGCUCAUUUCCUGCGUCCGAUGUUCUCUUGUAUGUGGACGUACACGUUGAAGUGGUGGAGCGAAGCACCAACAGCAGCCUCUACAGUCGCACACUGUGUGUGGAGGACCACUAUCUCCUGGAUCCACCCUUCAGUGUGUCUUUACUCCAAAAUGGCCAACCAGGGCAGCUGCAGGUGUCAUGGCGAACCAAUGUCUCAAAAUACUGUGAAGAAGAUAUAACGAGUAGGAUUCAAUACUCAUCCAAAGGGCUGGGACAGCAGAGCGUGGAGGACAGCAAGAUUCUGGACUCUCUGGUACCUGGGGAGGAGGUUGACGUGCAGGUGACCAUCAAAUGUGCUUUAAGUCCGAAUACCGGACACUGGAGCAGCUGGUCCCAGCCCGUGCGAGCCAUGGUUCCCCAAAGUGCAGAUGAUAUUUCUCUAACGUGCUUCACGGCGGACCUGCAGAGGAUCACCUGUCGUUGGAAUGGGAGCAGAUAUGGUCAAGAGCAUGUGUAUAAAGCUUCAUACAGAACAAGUGACGUUUUGGAGUCGACGCGAUGGACAGAGUGUCCGGCUGAUGAGAAUGUGACCGAAGUUUGCCAUUUUCGUGGAGAAGAGUUCAAAAGAACGAGAGUGAAGCUGAGCAGCACCACGGCUCCUCUCAGCAGAACCUUCUAUAGUCAACAGUUCACUCUCAGCAACAGCGUCAAAACAUCCCCACCACACCAUCUGAAGGCAGCAUUGGAGAGAGACAAGCUGUGCUUGAAAUGGGAAGCGCCUCUCGCGUCUCUGUCUGCUCACCUGCGGUACGAAGCCAGCUACCGGCUCAGAGCCGCUGAGGCCUGGAUUACGAUGUCCCUGAAGGGCCCUCAGACAGGAACAUGCCUAGAGGUUCCAGCAGGUAGCGAUUACAGCUUUAAGUUCAGAGCUAAACCGAACGGGUCCACUUACUCUGGAUUCUGGAGCGACUGGUCAGAUGUGCUUACUGGCGACACCCCUGCUGAUACAGGUGCACUGCUCAUGCUUUGUGUAGCUGCGUUGAUGCUGAUUAUUGCCAUCAUUCUCAUCUCCGUGUUUUCCACACACCUUGGGAAACUCAAGCUGUAUUUUUGGCCACCGGUGCCCAACCUUGAGAAAGUCCUACAAGGAUUUCUGACAGAGGUCAAUGGCGCGCAAUGGAAUGCUCCGAUGAUGGCAAAGCAAAUCUCUGACGAAAGCACUUCCUCUCUGGUGGUCAUCAUGUCAGAAGACGAGGAUUCCCCAUCUGGGAAACCUCCCGGCGGAUCCACCAGGCUCCUCCCGACAUUAGGAAGGCCGCUCUGCAGCGAGGAAACGCUGGCUGGAGGCCCCAGGAGUCACGUGACCUUCCCAGACUACGUGACUCUGAACAAAGACAGCGUCGUGCUUUGCCCAGCGGGAAACCAGUACGUCUACGAGGAGGAACGCCCCGAGGCGCGCGAUGACCUUUUCCAAAUAUGUCACAGCUCCUGCACGGCCGGCAGGGACCUACUCAAUCGCUCCUACCUGCCUCCGCCUGGGCCUGCAGACGCAUUCACCUGCAAGGUCCUUGAUGCACGGGGGCCAGGCAACCUCUAUACCAAUUUCCCCUGCAGCUAAAUGUACAGAAUAAAAGCCGCAGAAGCUUUACCGUGUUGUUACAGUAAAAUGAGGAUUCAUUUUAAUCUUAGGAUACUCUCUCCCACCAUUAGUCUCUAUGUAAGGUGGACAAAGCAACAUUUAAGACAAUAACAUUUCUAUGAGGAUAAGGCCUCCUAUACUGUAAUAUUACUUCUAUAUUAGUAAUGAUAUUUACAUCAGAGCAAACACUGCAUCAACGCUGCUGCCGAUUUACGUCCACAAGAGGAAACCAGAGAUGACGAGAUGUUUGGCGAUGUUACAAGAAGACAUGUCUUAAGAACUGUUAACAAGUGGUAUCCUAGAGUUAGUUUACAGUACCUUGGACCAAACAACUUCAAUGAGAUUUGAGAGGAUGCCAUAAUGCUAAAUGUGUAUAUAUGUGAAAAUAAAGGUGAAGGUGCCAUGGGAGAUUGGCACCAUUUCACCAGUUAUCAGUCCUGCAGAAUUAAAUAAUUUCUUAGCUUUUUAGUGCUAUAUACAGGUUUACAUUUUCUUUCAAUAAACAAUGAAAAGUUUUGUCUUCCAGUUGCAUUAUUUGUGAAUAAUUUGCACCUUCAUCACAAUGCAGAAGAAGAACGAAAGCAUCUUAAUGAUCCUCUGCAUUUAACCCGUCCCACACAGUG